CAUUAUUCCUUUUGCACUAGUACUAGCAUUGCCAGCCUCGAAGUUUGCCAGCAAUGUCCUUUUCUCAACGUCGCGAAGACGAAGGCGACCGUAAUGAUCUACUUGAAGACGACGAUACUGCCUCACAGCGAUCUAUAUCACUUUCCUCGCCAUCCCAAUCACCACGGAACUCGCUCAAGCAGGAUAAUUAUGGAGGAAAAGGUCAUGCAGCCUUACUCGCGCAACUUAACCUUUCUACAUCUUCUUCGGCAACAUCAAAGUUACCAGAGUUGGAGAAGGAGAAGCCUACGAUGACUCCCUCGACGUCGGGAUCGACGUCACAUGGAACGAGACCAUAUUCAUCCGAUUUCACAGAGAACGACAACGCUAGUGUGUACACCCGUUUGGAGGACAUGGAGUCGCCGAAUACAUCUGUUGCACCCUCCUUUAAAGAGGCAGAAACGCUCACGUCGAGUGCCUCUGACAAGGACACGGCAUAUCCACCGCAAGCACACCGUUCUGAAGCCUAUUCUAGUCUUUACAGCGGUGAUAGAGCAUCUAUAGUAUCAGCAUCAUCGGCAGGCACAGGGAAGAAAACUCGCCCAGAGUCUAUGUUACUACCGAAUAUUUCAGAGGGAAAAUUAAUUUUGGGUAUCGCGCUUGUGGACUUCAAUCAUCUAGUACGUAUCCUCUGGGAUACUUAUUCUAUCCUCGAUGAUAUAAACAAGUCCAUUGGAAUCCACAGGUCGGACCAAAAAUUGAGUACUCGAAAGGAGAAAUAUUCGAAGACGAAGAAGUUGCGAAGAUGCUACCUUUCCUUGCGCUUCCUGACGGCGCCCACCUUAGCGCCGAAGACUACUCAUAUUUUCACAUCGUCCCCACAUCCACCUCAACUCCAACAACCGUGUUCGGGAUAUCCUGUAAUCAACAAAUUGCCUCCUCUGCCCUUCUCGUCAAACCGCCCGACGUAACACGAUCCACCGUACAGAAAGCUGUUGUCGUUCUGGCAUCUAAACCCGUUUUUGGUCCAAUACGGGAUAAGCUUGGCGUCGUGACCACCGCUCUAUUUCAUCAACGCGACUUUACAUCAACGGAUAUCCUAGACGAUUUCGCUGCUGUAUUGGAACCAUCUUUGAGGAGUCAACUGACCGAGAGCGGAUUGUAUAUGGGAACAAGUCUCCGUUCGCUCGUUCAAACAUUCCGACACCGCGUUCUUGUGCUUGUUAAAGCACUGAUUCUUCAGAAACGGAUAAUACUUACUUCUCACCCUGUUGAACGCCUAUGUACGUUCCAAUAUUCCCUCGUGUCCCUUCUUCCCGGCCUUCUGCAAACAUUGGACGAUUGCGGUUCGCCUCCUUUGGCAACAAGGGCGAAGGCGCUGGAGAGACCAACUGAACUCAAAACCAGCGAUCAGAGGAGCAUGCGGAGAUAUUUGGGUUUGCCGUUGGAUAUUUUUGGCAGGGAUGCUUUCUUUCAACCAUACCUUCCCCUGCAGCAGCUCGACAUGUUGCGAGAAACCAAGAGCUGGCUCUGCGGGAGUACCAAUUCAAUUGUAACGCAGCAGAAAGAGGUAGAUUUACUUGUCAAUGCAGAAACUGGGACUAUCGAGUUCCGGUCUACCUUGGAUCUCGAGGCAAAAGUUGCCCUGACGGCUGCUGAUAGGAAAUGGAUGGAUGAUAUUGUUCGAGAUGUUCAAGAGAGCAGCGAAGGACAGUUUAAAGGGAGUGACGACUAUCUGAGGUUCAAGUUCGAAGAGUACAUUUCAGCAGCGAUGGCAGCCGUAAGAUACAGAGAAUUUCUAUCAAAGAAUGAGGGCGCAAGCGUUGUCGGCGGAACAGGUGCGGAAGCUACUUCAGCAGAAGAUUUCAAUCCUCUUUGGAUCGCCGAAUUUAUGCACACCAAUGCAUACGAGGUGUGGGAUCGCACGACGGACCCAUCCUUGUUCGAUAUUGUCGAACCUAGACAUCCAUGCACCGAAAGGCCAUCUAUCGUAGGGGAUAUCGGGUUACGUUUUCAGGAGGGUAUUCAAGAUCUCAAGCUCGACCAACAACUAGCGCCAGCAAGAGAAGCAGUCUCGAGGACAAUCACAGCAGGGUCAGCGACCUUCUUCAAUGCUGUUGAAGGUGUCAAAGCACGAUGGAAUAAACCCGUUACCCCUCCCCUACCAGCUAACGGAGGAUCAGGCGCAGAUUCUCCGCCAAUAGAAGUCGUCACUAAAGCGGAACUGGAUGGUGCUCCCCCAGCAUUGAAGGAAGCCACUGUGUCUCAAACAUCUACAGGAGCUGGUGUGUUUGGAAAUUUUGUUCGGCCAAGUUUAUGGAACCGGAGAGCGUCAACGGCGUCUAAUGGUUCCACGACGUCACUUUCCUCGCAACCGCAGGCUGUUACCCCACCACCCAUCUAUGAAACGCCUCGCGAGGCUCAGAAUACUCCCCAGAGAGGAUCGACGGUGUGGGGGUCACUCGUUGGGAGGUUUUCUCUAUCGCGCCCCCAAGCAACUUCAGGUACUCAGUCCUCAGGUCAUGAACGAAGUCCGAGUAUCUCGGUAGAGAGUCUAAACGGGAGUUUCGAUAGUAGUCAGGACUCGGAGCCAUCUUCGACUAGAAAUAGCGCAAUCAGCGUUGGAAGCAUUGGCAGUCUAAGGCCGGACGCAUCCUCGCCUCCCGCUCAAGCGGUCUCUCCUUUGGUGAAGGAUUUCGACAAGGAUCACGGCAGAGUUCCGUUGAACCUGCCUAGCACACCCCUAGCUGCAACUGUUCCCAGAGUUGAUGCAGCUGGUCCAGCCACUCCGAAGAGAAGGGAUUUCGAGGAACCUAAGACUCCGGUGGCCACCAGGACAGUCAUUCCUCCGGUUCCACCACUUCCACCGGCUGUAGCUAAUUCUACCCAUUCACGGACACAAUCCGGACCAGAAGAGGACAAGAGUGGAGUUGCGUUAUAGUCGUAUAGUUGUUUCCUUUUGCAUUGUUCGCAUUGUUAAUCUCAUAGUUUUGUCAUGGUCCUCACACAUCGGGCGUAUCCCAGUCAAUCAUUUUAUGCAUAGCUAAUACAUGUUCUAUUCUUAUGUUCACAUCUAAGGCUAGUAAGAUUUUUUUAACUUACCCUUGACCCAUGUCCAUACAGUAGAUAUUACAGUCAGUCCACCAAGGUUGCCAAAUAUAUGCUUAAGC